AUGUAUGAUGACAAUGCCUUCAAGGAUGUCAUGUUUUCCUGGCUAGAAAACAUCAUUAGUUGGCCUCGUACCAGAGCUAGCACAGCUGAUGCCAAAAAGCCGUCCCGUGCUGCAGGGGAACUUGAUCCUCUGCUAGACAAACAACCACAAGUGGUGGAUUUGGACGAUCAGUCAUUUCAAUAUGAAUUCAUGGAAUUUCUCACUCGUCUAGUGGUAGAAUGCAAUUGGCAUAUUCAUAGUGAUACUUGUUAUAAGCAUCUCAGAAAUAAUGAACCUAGAGGAGAUGCUACUUGCAGAAUGCGAAUGGAUGGUAAAUUGCAAGAGAAGACCAUAAUAGACAAGGAAAGUGGCUCCAUUGAACUGUGGCAGUGGUGCGGUCAUAUCAACAAUUUUAUGGAUUUGAUAUUGUUCCUGAUGCAAUGCAAUACAGACACUCAGUUCAUCGGUUCAGGAGAAGCAGCCAAAGCUGCAGUAUUCUACAUAACAAAAUACAUUACUAAGGGUGAUGUUCCACUCUACAUUGGCCUUCAGGUGCUUGAUUAUGCAACAAAGAUGCAUGAAGCCAAGUAUGUGGAUAUUGAGGACACCAGUGAUGCACGCAUGGCACAAAACUUAAUCAUGAAAUUGGUUAAUGCUAUGAUGGGUCGGCAGGAGACAUCUCAUCAGCAAGUCAUGAGUUACUUAGUAGGCGGAGGAGAUCAUUACACCAGUCAUACCUUUCAGACGUUCAAAUGGUUUGAGUUUACCAAUGCAAUCGAUAAGUUUGAAUGCAAAGUCUGUGACUUGAACAAUGAUGAUGCUGAGGAUGACGAAGAAUCAAUGUAUAUUGAGGAAUCUGUGACUGUCGGUAUCUCAUCGGAGACAUUUAUGAGUGACGUUCAAGAUUAUAUGUUGCGACCUUUGGAUGAGAAUUUCGACCAGUUCUGCCUUUGGGAUUUUAUGGAAAGUACUGUCAAAGUGAAAGGCAAGAUGGAUGAUCAGUCAACCAACAACCCUGAAUCUGAUAAUGAUUUAUUUGGUGAGGAGAUCACUGACAAAAAGCACAAACACAAAAAGAUGCCUUGA